AUGAAAGAAGCGAUCGCUGAUGUCCAAUCCGCCCUGGAAAUCAAAACUGGAGUCUGCCGAAUCCUUCUUCACAAAUACAAAUGGAACAAGGACUCACUCUUCGACAAGUUCAAUGAGCACCCGGAGACAACAGCCUUCCUGAUUGAUGCGCAAGUCAUCCCAAAGCCGUCUCCAACUCCAUUCCCAGAUGUCCUCAACGUUCCACAAGAAUGCGUUGUGAGCUCACGGAUAAGCUCUCGGGACUCGCCUGCAACCACAAGGAGUGCUUCGAAUGCUGGAAAUCAUAUUUGA